ACGUGUUGUCGCGUGGUUCGGUGAAGAUGUUUCCGUUAGUAGGAUCUGUUUUUUACAGGAUCAGCUUAUUUUUCACAAAUACUCGGGUACUUUUCAGUGCCAUUUGUGCUAUUUCUUUAGUCGUACGUACGUGUGGAGCCGUAGAGGCGAUAUGGGCAGUGAACUGUGGAGGCGGAGCUCACACCGAUGUUCACGGAAUUCGCUACCAAAGCGAUCCAUUAAAAACGGGAUUUGCUUCCGACUUCGGCAAGAGCUUAUCUAUCUCUCGAGUUGUCCCACAGGAUCAGAUUCUUUACCAAACCGAGAGAUAUCACAUGUCAACGUUCGGCUACGAUAUUCCAUUGACUAGAGAUGGUGAUUAUGUUCUCGUCCUGAAAUUCAGCGAAGUUUGGUUCACCGCCCCAAAUAAAAAGGUGUUUGAUGUUGUACUGAAUGGUGAACACAAUGUUGUGAGUGAACUCGAUAUCUAUGCUAAAGUGGGUAGAGGUGUUGCCCAUGAUGAAAUUAUACCGUUUUCAAUAAAAGGAGGCAAGUUGAGAGUGAAUGGUGAAGCUUCCCAGUUAGACGGAAAGUUAUCAGUGGAGUUUAUAAAGGGUGAAUAUGAUAACCCAAAAGUGAAUGCCCUUUAUGUAGCAAAAGGAAUUGUAGAUGAUAUUCCAAAAUUACCUCCCCUUGCUGGGUCUGAACCACAACGUGAGGAUGAAGAGGAGGAGGAUGAUGACAACAUCUCGACCAAGCCUUCGAAAUCUCGCCGGCCAUCGGGCCCCAAAGCCAAAGACCCAUACGCUCAGGAUGACACAAGCACCAUGCUACUACCAGUGUUUGUGGCUAUAGGAGCAUUUAUUCCGCUGCUCUUUUGUUUAUGUAAACUGUAAUGCAUGUAUCAAAGUCAUUCUCUAGUUUGACAUGUGGGUCUAUGGUUCAAGGGGAUGUUCAUAGUCAGUGGUGCAUAUUUUAAUACAUUUUUGGUUGUCUCAAAACUGUUAAUGUAACAGUGGAAAAUAAGUGGAAAGAAUUGUGGAUGGAAGUUGUAAACUAUAGUCCGUCCCACACGAAAUGCCUUUUUUCAUGCUAUGGAAUUGACUGCAAGUUAUUUCUUUCUGAGACUAUUGUUUUCUAAAUUGAAAACAAAAAUAGUAUUUUUUUGACGAUUACCAAAACACUUUUACUUUUCUUCUUACGUCAAACAAAACUGAAAUUAUUUACCCAAAAAAACAUUUUUAUAGGAGGAUGGGACGGACUGUAGAUAUAUAUUUUUAAUGGUCUCUAGGAUGGCAUUGCUAACUUUAUCAAAGUGCACCAAGUGCUUUCUACAUUCAACUAAAAUGGCAUAUUUCAAUAAUCAUUGAACAUCGCAAUGCAAAUCCUGACUUAAUGUUUUAAUUACAGAGUAGAACCAAAAAAGAAAAAGAAAUAAUUUUAAUAAAUCACAACAACAAAAACCACCCGUUGGAAAAAAAAUGUAUACAACAGUAUACUUAAAAUUUAAGGAAAAAUCACACGUCUUGCUUUGGACAACUAAUGCAAUUGGCCUUAUAAUUAAUACAGAUUAGCAUAACGAUGUUUCAUCUUUUAUGUUUCACUAUGAUGUGGUGUCAUAAACAGAUGAGAUAAGGUCUAACCACUUACUUGGUUUAAUAUGAAGUACAAAACGUAUGGACCCGUGCAACACGAAGUUAAAGUUAUAUAUUACUAUUUGACUUAAUAUAUAUAGCCUUAUAAGAUACACUUUUAAAAAGUUGUCUUCACUAACCAAAAGAGAUGACCCUUAUGAAUGAAUAGCUUUAAUGAGAUCAUUAGUUUAUGCAAGGUACUGACUGGUAUGCAUGGAUUUUGAAUGUUUAAUGUUAUCCAAAUAGAGCAUAAAUAUGAAUAUAUUUUUGUUGCUGCAAAAUCAUGUCUGUUGAUACCUGUUACUACAAUAUUCCAAAACAUAUGUAGUUGUAUGAGAUAAGUGUGGAAUAUUGGGCUAUUUAUUAAAAUAGUAGUAUCGUCACAACUUUAGUAUUGUCACACAUUGUGGUUGCAUUGCAUACAUCAGAUACCUUUUAAGACAUGUUUGGUUUUUACAACUGUGUUUAAUUAACUAAUCUAGUAAAAUGUAUGAGUGAUUUUUCACACACGAGUUUUUCAUAACGUUAAGUAUUUACUUUUGGUUUAGCAAUACUUUUAGACGAUGUCAAAUUUAGUAUGGUAAUCGGCUCGCGAGAAUGCAGGUGUGGAAAAGUAAAUGCGCAUGCGAAAAAGCACAUGAAAUCGUGUUAAUGGAAAAGCAGGCCUUGGACAGAAUUGCAAUAAGUUCUGUAAGAGGACUAAGUAUCUUUAAUGACAGUCCCUUCUCCAGAAUCAUCAGAUAGUACUUACUACAUUGUAGAUAGAUAGUCAACUUCGAGCACCUAAGCCCUGUUCUACGAAGCAAUCUUAGCCCUAAAAUUACCUAGCUACCCUAUGCACUUAAGUUGAUAUUAGGGCUAAGAUCACUUCGUGGAACGGGGCCCUGGGCCCUGGGCCCUUAUUUUCGAAGCUAUCUUAAUGCUACGAAAUCGUAAAACCAUUGUAAGCUAUGACGUUACUAUGUUGUGUGCUGUAGUGAUGUCAUAGUCUAUGCUGAUUUUACCAUUUCGUAGCGAUAAGAUAGCGUCUAAAAUCCCUAGCUUGAUCAGCUUUCGUGUUACUACCAUUAUAUUAUUGACAGUUUUGAAAGCUAUUUUAGCACAACAGUAAAACCAUCGUAUGCUGCGAGACACACCGUAGGCUACAAUAGUUUUACGAUAUCACAGUACUAAGAUAUCUUUGAAAAUAUGGGUCCUGAUCAGCUUGUUAAUGUGAAAUCAGUGUUUAAAUUGUAAAGAAUGUGUGCAUUAAUUUAUCUCUAUUUUUAUUUUAAUGUUUUGUUUUUUUCCUCAUGCAUUUUAAAGAGUGAAAUAUGUUGUGUUUGUAUGUCUUAUAAUCCACAUUGCACACAUAUGUAGUAUCAGUUUUUUCAUUUUCAGCCAACAGCCAGCUAAAUUACUUUCUAACAUUACCAGCUGAGCUGACAGCUUAUUCCUCAAGUUUGGUGAAAUUGUAGUAAAUGCAGUUUUAGAUGAGGAUUUAUGCUAGGGCUCAUACCAACUCAAAACGGCAACCAGUCCCGUAGGACAAACGUCUCCAAUUUUACCUGUAUCCUACAUGAAACUGAAAUGUGCUAUCUGACCUGAUUUUUUUUUAUUAAGGGUUUAGCAGUAUUAAGUGUUGUUUCAUUAGGUAGCAAAACAAAACAUAAAAAUAAAACAAUAAAACAAAACUUUGAAACAUAUCGCAGCAUCAGAUUCUUGAAGAAAUUAUUUUGUCAAUACAUUUAUAACUAAUUUUUAUUUGAAAAAAUUGUCAGGACAAUUUACUUUACUUUACUUGUCCAGCACCCAAAACUGCUUGUCCUUACUAAAAACAUAAUAAAACGUGUUAAAUAACCAUUUUAGAGAGUUAAAAUUCACUGUUUAAUUUGGGCCCGUUAAUUUAGAGUAAAUUAAUCAAAGGCACGGCAAAAAGCUGUUUAACAUUUUGCCAUUUCGUACUCUAUUUAUUCAUUAUAAAAGAUAUAAUUAUAUUAUUAAUCAACUGCUUUUGGCGAGUACAAAGAUUAGAGCAAGAUUUGGAGCAGAAUCAAAUGUUUAAAUGUGUUUCAUUGGAGUAUUUUUUUCAGAGAAGAGAGAUAACCCAUCUGUCUGGUAAUAUUAAUCGGAUGACCUCGUUCUAAGGUUGGUAUGAGGCUCUGAUUACAUGAACAUGACUGUAAAUAAAUUAUCACAAGAUAUUUCUUGUUUAAUAGAUUUAUGUUGGGGUUUUUAAAUAAUUAUUUUAAUGGUGUCAUGAAUAGCAAAUAUAAUAUGAGCAUAUGCUAGUUAUAGUGCCUAGAAUUAUGGAGACGUAAAAUUAUUUUUGUAUAAGUGUUGUGAAAAUAGUUUGAACCCAACCUAAAAAUGUUGUUCUGUUCGUUAUUUCAAUAGAUGUUAAAAUGACCAUGUGGGACAACCCACAAGAAAUAUUUUUUUGAUGUGCUCCUUUUGUUGUGUGAUAUAAAAAUAGACCACCACAACAGUGCAAUUCUUAAAGUUUUAAAUAUCUUCAAAGCCGAUCAAAGAUGCACUGUUUUCAGUAAGAAUAUAUUUACUAAAGAUUUUCUUAAAUGUCCUUCCCAGCCCUUCAUUCCUGAACUUUUAUUUUAUCAAUACUACCCUACAUUACAUAGUACAUAUUUUUAGGGGGCAAAAAAAGAAGUGAGAUUAAUCUAUUUCACACUAUCAAAAGUUUAAAAUCUUAUGCCUAGAUUGUUUUCAGCUCCUUCCACAAUUGUACCCCCACCCCCACCCCCAGUGUAGACAUCCUUGUACAGAGGUACUUUAAUCUUAGUGACUGAAUUCAGUAAGCUCCUGUUCUGGACGUAGGAGCCAGCUUGUUCUGAAUGUGCACGUUAAAACCUUGACCUGACAUUACUUGAUCCAAUGACCAACCUCACUCGCAAACACCCCCCUCCCUCAAAAAAAUAAAAAAAUAAUUAAAUUUUAAAAGUGAGCUGCAGUUAAAGUUAAAUCAAUUGUAGUGAAUUCAUGUUUAUUGUAAAAAGAAAUCCUGCAAUUCGAUUGUGACAGCAGCUGAUGAAAUGUGCCAGCUGCUUUUAUGAGAUUAUAGGCUGGUUGUAGUUCAAAAGCAGAGCCAUCCCUUUUUAUUGCAGCUUUCAUUCUCUUCAUAUUGAUACCAACUUGAAACAUGUGAAGCUAGAUUACCCUAAGAAAGUAUUUUUAAAAGUAGGCCAGCCAUCUGGUGUUACAUUUUUUAAAUUGGUCCCUCAAAAUCUUCAUUCAUAUUUAACAAGUGGACAAGUACUAAUUCCAGCCUUGCAUAUCUUGACUCCUUCAUAAAUAAAGUUUGUUUUGUUUAACAAAACCACUAGAGCACAUUGAUUUACUAAUCAUCAGCUAUUGGAUGUCAAACAGUUGCUCAUUGUGACAUAUAGUCCAAAGGAUUUUGUAUGUGCACUUUCCCACAGACUUUACAGCACAUACCACAACCUUUGACAUACCAGUCAUGGGGCACUGGUUGAGACAGAUAAACAAACCUCAGUCAAACAAUGGGUCCGCCGAAAGGAUUCGAUCCUUCAACCCAAGUAUCACAAGUGAUCACUCUGCUGAUUGAGCUACAUCCUGCCCCUCCAAAUAUAGUCUCAUAUCUUUCACAAUUCAAUUUGAUAUGCAAUUUCUCACCCCACCCCCAAUAUUAUUCAAAUAUCUGAUAACCUUUAAAUUUUAGUGAAAAUUGUUUUAGAGAGCAAAUUUUCACUCGUCCCUCAGAGUAUAUUUUUAAAAUUGACAAAACAUGCAGAACAGGAUUUUCAUAAUUAAUUCUGUUUUAAAGAGGAAAUUCACAAUGCUUGUAUCUUUCAUCUAAUCAUCAUUAAAGGUUGAGAUCUAGUCGUGGCUUAUUAAUCAAAUAAAGAUGAUUAUAUAAAUAUUAAAUUACAUCUAAGUUAUACAGUGCUUUUUUCUGAAAUUAUUUGGCAUUUGAAAAUUUUACUGGGGCUUAUGUAUUUUGCCCAGUAGGUACUCUUGAAAUGCCAGAAAGAAGCAAAUAUAUAAUAAUAAAACUAAGAAUUUUUUUUAUAUAGAGCAAUUUAGAAAGGGAAUACCAGUUUAUGAAUUAGCCUAGUUCAUGUUUUCUGAUACCAGAAUAGACAGCUGCUGUGUUUUGCAUCUAGCAAGUGCUAAAUCAAGUUCAACUAAACAUCAUACUUACACUCACCAUGGAUAAAUGAACACUGCUUGUGUGACAAAUAAUAUGUAUAUCGUGGAGGAGACAUAUUUUAUUACAGUGGUGUGCUUGUUACUAUUUUUGUGUAAAAGUGCUUGUUACCAUUUUUGUGUAAAAGUGCAUUGUUGGAAAUCUUUUGAUGCUUUGUAUAGAAAGUAGAAUUUGUAUAGAAGGUAUCAUUCUGGACCCAUUAGUUUAAAAUACAUCAUUUGCAGAUUUAAAAAAAAAUUGUUUUUGUAAUGUUCGUUUUUUAACAUGUUUAGAGUUAUAUUAACCCACUUGUUUCAAGCUCAGAUAUUUAUCAGGGCUCGAACUUAACGACAGCAAUUGCCAUCGCUGAGAUAUAAAUUGCCAUAGCUAGAGAGCAUUACCAAUGGCACUUUUGUGCCGUCAGUAAACCUCAACAAUGGCAAAAUAUAUACACCA